CACUCAUCUCUCUCAUGUCGCUCAGACAGUGUGAGGUGAUGAUCCUCUGAAUAACUGUUGUCUGCUGUCUAUGAAGAAAUAGACAGUUGAUCCUGCUGCUUGAACAGGGCAAAACUCUCCUUUCCUCUCCUCUCUCAUCUUCUCCUCUUUCCUUUCCUCUCUCCUUUCCUCUCUCAGGUAGCUUCAGAGACCUAUGCAGUGAUGAAGUGGAUCAGGUCUGUGCCAUUUGUCCAGUCUGCUAGCCUCCAUGGUGGAGAGCUGGUGAUCUCUUAUCCCUUUGACUUCUCCAGACACCUCCAUGAAGAGAGGAUGUUCUCCCCUACACCUGAUGAACAGGCGUUUAAGCAGCUGGCCCGGACGUACGCAGACUCUCACGCCAGCAUGGCCGACAACAACACAGAGAGGUGUGGAGCGUCCUUCAUCAGGAGCGGAGGCAUCAUCAACGGAGCUCUGUGGUACAGCUUCCCAGGGGGUAUGUCAGACUUUAACUACCUCCACACUAACUGUCUGGAGAUUACGGUGGAGCUGGGCUGUGACAAGUUCCCUUCUGAAGAGGAGCUCUACCCAGAGUGGCUCAGGAACAAGGAGGCCCUGCUCAGUUUCAUGGAGUCGGUCCACAGAGGUAUUAAGGGAGUGGUGAAGGAUGAGGAGGGCUAUGGAAUUAAAGGAGCGUCCAUAUCUGUCAGGGGAAUACGUAAAGAUGUCACCACAG